UAACGUUCCUGGUCAUUUGCACUUCGAAAGUUUUGGAUGAGUGAAGCAAGAUGGCCGAGGAUAGCGGUUAUGAAUCAAUACUUUGUGUUAAACCAGAAGUUCAUGUUUACAAAAUUCCACCUCGAGCAACAAAUCGUGGCUAUCGAGCAGCAGACUGGAAACUGGAAGAGCCAGCAUGGAGUGGCAGAAUGAAAAUCACAGCAUUGGGAAAGAACGCUUUCAUCAAGCUUGAGGACAAGAACUCAGGAGAGCUGUUUGCACAGGCCCCGGUAGAGCAGUAUCCUGGUAUUGCAGUGGAGGCUGUGACUGACUCUAGCAGAUAUUUUGUCGUCCGGAUAGAAGAUGGAAAUGCAGGACGUCAUGCAUUUAUAGGUCUUGGAUUUGCUGAUCGUGGAGACUCUUUUGACUUCAAUGUAGCAUUGCAGGACCACUUUAAAUGGGUGAAACAGGAAUCAGAGCUUGCUAAACAAGAGGCCAUUCAGAGUGCAGCUCCCAAACUGGACUUGGGCUUUAAGGAAGGACAGACCAUCAAGAUCAGCAUUGGGAAUGUAAAGAAGAAGGAUGGAACGUCACAGGGUGGUGCCAAGGCACGCCCAAUGGGCAGUGGUCUUCUCCCUCCUCCACCUGGUGUGAAAGCUGGAGGCUUUCUCCCCCCUCCUGGAGCCCUGCAGCCUGCCCCACCAGCACAGCCCAGCUCAGCAACCCUUUUGGAGUUCGGAGGCCCAGCUGCAGCAGCUGCAGCACCAGCUCAGCCUGCUCAGGACCUCUGGGGAGACUUCACUGCUGCGGGCUCUGGUGGCUCCUCUGAGACGUCCACCAAAUCUGGAUGGGUGCAGUUUUAGCAGCUGGACUGACAGUCACUCUACAAAUGUUUUUUAGAGAACUAGUUUUUAAUCUCUCUACAUUCCCCUAAUAGAGGGAGUUUUAGGGGUAUAGAAAUUGGCACACAAUCACACUAAGCUCAGAUGAACAGUGAGUGUAUGUGUGUAUAUAUGUCCCUCACACAACACCUGCAUUAUUUGACCUUCUCUCCUUUUGUACAAGAAGUCCUAUUUUUUUAACAGAAGGUUUCCUAUGCAACCAAUCAACAGGUGACUCGACUAGACACUUCUUUUCAUAGCUUGAUUGAGUAUCAAAUAGUGCAUUCUUUUUAAGAUCUCCUUUUGAUAGAAUGUACAUAGACGGAUUAGCUGUGACACUUCUGAAUCUCACCUCAUUGGCGCUGCAGUAGCAGUUCCUAUAUGGUUAUUCUCUCACUUCGUCCAAUCAGGUGAACAUUGGUGCAUUCCAUGAUACUGUAAUAACAUUGUGCCUUUUCCCUAGACCCCUCCCUUGCUCUCAGUGGUUUAUGUUUUCUUUGCCUUGUCAGUUUUGGUUUUGCUCAUCAGAAAAUUCUUUCCUAUAUUACAUGUCUGCAGUGAAAAGGCCAGCAUAUGUGCUCUUGUGACUCGGACUGUAGUAUCUUGGUACAUGUGUCUUCUCUGCGCUGCAGGUAAAAUCAUUGUAUAGGUAGAUAGCUGAAAUAUUUUGGAUUGGGAGUGUAUGUGUGUGUUUGUGAAGAAUUUCAUAUUGUGUGGGCCAGCAAUAUUCGCUAAGCAGAUGGCAGUUUUAAUGAGAUUAGUGACUCCCACUGAACUGGAGGAGGCUGUCUCCACCAUGCACCUACUGAGCCACUGGCUAGAAUUAUGUGCACGUACAUAUGUCGUAUCUGUGCUUUGGCUUUUGUGGCUAGUACCCCAUUGAUUUGUUUAGCAAGCAGGAUUGUUGUGUGUUUUACGUGUCUCUCUGUGUGUGUGUGUGUGUGUGUGUGUGUGUGUGGUCUAGGUCAACAUGUUCUCCUUCUCUCUGCUUAACUUUUGUUAUUCCUCUUGCCUAAUCAGGUGCCUUUAAUAUUAAGUGUGUGCGUAUUAGGACAAAUGCUUUAAAUGUAUUCAAAACACUUGUUGAAAGUGCCUUCAAUACAAAAUAUAAAUUCUGUAUAAAUGUAAAGUCUCAAUAUAUUGUAAAUAAUAAACUUUUCCCUCUUGUCCCUUU